AGACGUCCACAUUGAAUUGUCAUCAGAAGGUCUACAGGACAAAUAUGGCCAAAAAUAAACAGAGAGGUAAAAAGCAGCAGAAUGUAUUUCAGGUUGCGAAUAAACAGUCGAAACCCAAGACCAAAGCGAAACCUGUCAAGACCUCGCUGAAACACAUUAACACUUUGAGAAAUGAAAAAGUGGAAAGCUUAAAUCAGAUGUUCACAGAAGUGCAGCGAGAUGUUAAAAGUAUAUCAAAAUCAACAUCCAGUGAACCCAAAAAAGAACAGAAAGUGGCCAGAGAAGCUCCGCGGGAAGCUGUCAAUGUGGACAAUGCUGCACAGCUUUUCUCUCAACUGUAGAAGACCAUUUUAACAUCCAGCAAAUGGACUGA